AUGGGGUGGAGGGUAAAAGGAAGCUCUGAAGGCGAGAUAGUAAGGGGAGCUCGUAGGGGCGGGCGGGCUCGUAGACGCGCUACGGACGCCCCUGUACCAAGCGGCGGCGUUAGCGAGAUUCGCGCCAUUCGCGCUACCGCCGCCGUCGGCCGCACGCGCCCAUUGUAUUGGUCCAUGCGGCUCCCGCUAGAUAUGACUGUGACGGAGUGCCGACAGCCCCUGGAACAAUCGCCGUCGCCCACCGACAAUGACGUCCUCCUCGGCAGAGUGCUAGCAGGUGAGACCUUUCAUCUGACCGCGCGCUUCUUCGAGCUCAUCUCUCGGGCGAGAAAGUACCACUCGACAGGCAUAACAAUAACGAAUCAUUUAUAUUAA